CUGAUGGGACUCGAUCAAAUAAUGUUGCACUCAAGAGAGGAAAUGUGAACUUGCCUAUCACGGAUUCUACAGGAAGAUGUGUCAAUGCCUCAUUAAAGAAUGCUCUGUACAUACCAUCGUAUCCUCAGGACAUAUUUUCAGUACAAGCUGCCACUGAGAAAGAUGCUAGUGUUAUUUUCCAUCCACAGUCGGCAGAGCUAAUCAGCAAAGAUGGUACAAAGUUUAAUAUUGAGAAGCAUGGUAAACUAUACUAUUUACAUGUAGGACCAUAUAGUGAUAUAGAAAACUCUGACUCAGUAAAUUAUACUAGUGAUUUAAAGUGCUGGCUGAAAUACUUGGUCAUUGCAUUUAUGAAGAUGUAGUGAAGCCCCAAGAUGUAGUCGAUGGCAUGAAGGUAAGUGAUAGGAGUAGUAAGCCAGAUUGUGAUACUUGUGUUUUAGGGAAAAUGACUCAAAGUACGAAUAGAAAUCCCGAUGUUCGAUCUAAAGCCCCUUUAGAGCUUGUGCACACUGAUCUUGCUGGUCCAGUUGACCCUAUGUCAAAGGAAGGAUUUAGAUAUACUAUAGCUUUCACUGAUGAUUAUUCAGGUGCUGUGUUUGUGUAUUUUCUUAAAAAUAAGAGUGAUACUGUCGAGGCCACAAAGAAAUUCCUAGCUGAUUCAGCCCCAUAUGGAAAUGUUAAACGAUUAAGGUCAGAUAAUGGUGGUAAAUUUAUUUCCAAUAAAUUUAAAUAUCUUCUAAGUGAAAACAAAAUAAAACACGAGACCUCAGCACCUUACUCGCCUCACCAGAAUGGGACAGCUGAGCGUCAUUGGAGGACCCUAUUUGAGAUGGGUAGAUGUAUGCUUAUUCAGGCAAAUCUAGGUAAAGUGCUUUGGCCAUAUUCAAUUAUGACAGCUGCAUACAUCAGGAAUAGGUGCUACAAUAAUCGCCCCAAAGGCAAACACCCUAUCUUGCUCUUACUGGUCGAAAGCUAAACUUAGCAAAUAUGAGAGUGUUUGGCAGUGUAUGUUAUGCUUAUGUGCAGGAUAAGCAAAAACUAGACCCCCGGUGCAAACAGGGUAUUUUCGUCGGUUUUGAUAAGGAUAGCCCUGCUUACUUAGUGUACUUUUCAGAAACUGGAAAAGUACUCAAGUACAGAGAAGUGAAAUUCACUACAAAGAAUGUUAGUGAACAGGAAACCCAAACCGAGGACACAUCAAGUGUUGAGUUUAGGAUGUCCCAGGUCAAUAAUGGUCCAUGUAAUUCCUUGGAUGUUCAGAACCCAUGCAGGGCCCACCCAUGAAGGCCCUUGCCAACAGACCGAGGAGUCUGAUGAACCUGAUCAGCAGACUGAAGAGUCUGAUGAGAGUAAGACAGAUAUAAAUUUACCCCCAUCAUGUCUUAGUGAUUAUAUUACAAAUGUCCGAUGUUGAUUACUGUUAUAAGGUAUCAGGUUUUCCAGAAACAUAUCAGGAAGCUAUAGAAUCUCCUGAUGUAGAGCUUUGGAAAGCUGCAAUGAGGGAGGAAAUGAAUUCUCUAAAUGAGAAUAACACAUUUACUUUAACAGCAUUGCCAGAGGGUCGGCAAACAGUGGGCGGUAGAUGGGUGUACACCAUCAAGGAAAGCCCAAGCAUGGCUAAAAGAUAUAAAGCCAGAUAUGUGGCAAAAGGUUAUAGUCAAAUAAAAGAUAUUGACUAUCACGAAACAUUUGCUCCAACUGCAAAUCUAACAACAAUCUGAGCUUUAAUGCAAAUUGCUGCAAAGCAGGAUUAAUUUUACAUCAAAUAGAUGUAAAAACUGCGUAUCUUAAUGCUCGCAUUGAUUGCGAGAUAUACAUUGAGCAGGUUGAAGGUUUUGAAACCCCUUCCAAUUCUGGAGAGAAAUUGGUAUAUAAGUUGAACAAAUCUUUGUAUGGUUUGAAGCAAUCCGGACGGAAUUGGAAUAGCAUGUUGCAUAAGUAUUUAACCGAAAACAAUUUUGUGCAAAGUAAUGUUGAUCACUGUUUGUAUAUCAAACACGUUGAUGGCAAACUCGUGAUCAUACUCGUGUGGGUUGAUGAUUUGAUCAUUGCUGCGAGAAAUGAUAUCUUAAUGUCUGACACAAAGCAAAUGUUGAAAGAUAAAUUCCACAUGAAAGACCUAGGGAGGCUUUCAUAUUUCUUAGGUAUUGAUUUUAAGCAAGGGGUAGAUUAUGUUAGAAUGAACCAAAGAAAGUAUUUGGUAAAGCUACAGGAGAAAUUUGAAAUGUCUAAUUGCAAACCUCGUACUACCCCUGCAGAGCAAAAAUUAGAAUGCGACGGUGAAAAUCUUACUGACCCUAGGAGGUAUCGUGAGCUUAUUGGUAGUUUGAUUUAUGCAAUGACAUGCACUCGACGUGAUAUAUGUUGGAUAAUAACGACAUUAUCACAGUAUUUGUCGAGACCUCUUAAAGAACAUUGGAUUGCUGCUAAGCAUGUAUUGCGAUAUUUGAAGGGUACUCUUGAUUAUGAGUUGUGCUACAGGAAGUGUGAUGACGAUCUUAGGUUGAUUGGUUAUAGCGAUGCUGAUUGGGCGUCUUCCACCCACGACAGACGAAGUAUUAGUGGGUACUGUUUUAGUUUAACUAAGACUGGGCCUUUGAUUUCUUGGAAAUCAAAGAAGCAACGUACCGUUGCCCUUUCAUCUUGUGAGGCAGAAUAUAUGGCUUUAGCUGCAACAGUACAGGAAGCCUUAUACCUAGCGCAAUUAUUAGAUGAGAUUAUUGAAAUUUGUAGUCCAGUUCAGAUUUAUGAGGACAAUCAGGGCACGAUUGCUUUAUCUAAAGAUCCUGUCAAUCGUCAGAGAUCUAAACAUAUUGACAUCCGAUAUCAUUUUAUUCGUUCCACCAUAAACGCAG